AUGUCCACCCUUCCCUCCCCCAGCGUCAACCCAAACCUCCCCGCAUCGUACACCGCGGCGCAGACAAUCUUCAGCAACACCGAACUCCUCGAGAACAUCGUCAGCUUUUGCCCGGUCAGCGAGCCGUCGCAGCUCGUUGCUCUCUGCCGCGUCAACCGGCUCACCUUCGAGGUCGCUUCCGCCCGGCUCUACCGCAAUAUCAUGAACCACGACGAUAAGUCAUGUGCGGAAGGCAUGCGAUUGCCAGGUCAACGCAGCGCACGGCCAGGUCCGCAUUACCAUCUUCCCGUACCCGAGACUUUCGCGGGCGAGCUGAGUCCUGUGCAAGGUGCGGUCAGGCAGACGAUCUGGAGGAGAGUCCGUGUUUUAUGUGUAGGAUCGGUCCGCGGGGUUCUCCAUCAUCGAAUCCCCAUUCCCCCGUUACCAAAUCUGGCGAUACUCGAGAUCAGCCAACAUGCCCAUCGGCCGGGCGAGCCAUUCGGCAUGCCUUUGGCGGAGACGUAUCUGCAGCUAUUACGUCCUCGAACUGUCAUCAUACACCUGCCCUCCGAGGGAUCCUACCCCAAUCGGCUGGUCAUCUCUCGCGAGCUCGGACGGUUCACCAAAACCCCCUUCGGUAUCAAAGAGGUCAUCUUCCGAAUACUCCAGUCCUCAUGGUUUACGGUAUCACAGGACCUUCCGCUGUACAGCGCAUUCCGUACUCUCUCCACCUCGCAUAUCGAUGUCUACAUAGUAGCGGGGCGCUCCACAACCAUCACCGCUGAGCUUUUCGAGGAGAUAGCCUUUUUGUUGCUCGAGCAUCCCGGGAACAUCUACAUCCACUGCGAAUUGACAGGGGCCAACGCCUUCGAGGGCAAAUUUCGUCCGUUGACCUUAGGGGCCGAUCCAAUAGCCAAUUUAUGCAACAUCGUCCCCGACAGCGAUUUCAACAAACCGGCGAAUAUCCCCCUCAUCCUUUCGACUCACCUUCAACACGGAUCGCAUGCAUAUUCUAAGUCGCGCUGCCUUGGCAAUCAAGAUGGCGAGGAGCGGCAAGCUGUCAUAGAGGCCAGCUGGAUAGAGGACCGCUUGACGCUUGACGCGAGUGCGGUGUAUCGGCGAGGCGGAGCUGAAGGGGAAGGAAUGGUAUGGGGCGGUAUGGAGAGCGUGGGAGCCUACCGAUCCAAGUCGAAACGGGAUAGACAAGAAGAUGGCGAGGAGAAUGAGGGGUCAAAAGACUUUCGAGAAGAGGAGCGGUGUCAGUCAGACGAGAUGUACCGGGAAAGUCGGUGGAAGCGGGACGUGUAA